AUGUUUAGUAAAAAAGCACAGACGGACGUGAAGAAAUCCGCACACAAGAUAUUGGACCCGAAAAAAGACACAGCCACCAGAUUCAAACAUUUAAAAUUUUUAUUGGAUAACAGCGACGAAAAUGAAUCUAAACAUUUGUUCGAAAGCAACUACAGCAGUAUCUAUCAAAUAUUUUAUGAAAGUUUCAUUAGUGUUGAAGCCAAUUUGAAACAAAGAGUCACUAAAAUUCAUAGAGAUGAACUUGAUACUAUUCUAAUUAUCUUAGAAAAAGUACUAACAUUAUGUCCAGAAAUUGUAGCACAAAGAUGGCAAUGUCACAGUAUGUGUAUGAUCAUUACCAAACUAUUACAUCCCGAAAAUUCAUGGCGGUUGAGACGUGAUGGGAUCAAGUUUUUUAUUUUAUGGUAUCAAAUUUUGGGACAUAAUGCACCUGACUCAGUACAUGCAAUAUUUGCAACACUUGUACCUGGAUUCUCCAGUCCAAUACCCGAACAUCCCGGAUUGGCCGCACUCUGGAAUAACCAUUCAUCUUCUAUUAAUUUGAAUGAGAAUUUGUUGAGCCCAGUGGGUACUGUAGAAACUAAUCUUUUAUAUGCACCACAAAUGGGUGAAAAGCAGCCAGACGAUGUAGUCAAAUACUAUUUAGAAUCCCUUCUAGAAUUAAUGGUUAAUCAGGUUCCACGUAUAAUGUGGAAAGAUCUAAAAAACUGUCAAAGACGAUGUUUUAAUUAUUUGUUUGAAAAAUUCAAACAAUUUUAUUUACCUGCUAUUUUUCCGGAUUAUUCAACAGCUACUAACGUUUACAAACAAACAACAGACCUGCCAGAUUGUUCUAAUCAAAGCAGAAAUGAUACUAAUAGUAGUUGUCGAGUAUGUGUUAUAAAAUGGCUUGCUGGAUACACUCAAGAUAUUAAACAAAAACACUACCCAAAUAUUCCUUUAAUAUCAAAAUUCAUUGGGGACAAAGCUCAAUUAGUAGCUUUUGAAAUCGUCAGGGAUACUUUAUACAAAUCAAGAGAAAACGUAAAUUUAAUACAUGAAAUAUUUCGUCAGGCGUUUUUAUUGAAUUUUAGUUGGGCUAUGGCAAUAAGGAGAACUAUUGCUGUGUACAAAGAUUGGAUUCAAUUAAGUGUGUCUCAACAACCUCCUUUCAUGUUGGAUCCAGAAGGAACAAAUGCACAAAUGUCUGGUUUAGAUCAUAAUGCAGAAGAAAUUCCACCAGUUAAGUAUGAACCAAAAUAUGGUGAUAUUAGAGCAGGGUUUCAGAAUGUCAUUCAAUUAUUUAUGACAAAUGCACUACAUGUAUUUGUGGCCCAAAGUGGUACUGAGUAUCCAAUGUUGUUGGAAGAACAAGUGGAUACCUGCAAACGAGUUUUGAAUAUUUAUAGAUAUAUGGUCAUGCAUACAUAUAUGUCUUUAAAAACUUGGGAGCAAUUACUAAAUGUUCUGUUAAGAAUUACUACACUUGUUUUAAAUAAAAAACCACCGAGGCGAAAAGAAGACACUUUAUCUGGAAAAUUAGCUCCAGCAAUAUUUCAGACUUUGAUUGUAACUUGGAUAAAAGCUAAUUUAAAUGUACCUAUUUCUGAGAAAUUAUGGGAUCAGUUUCUAACAGUACUUUGUUCACUCACUCAAUGGGAAGAACUCAUAAGGGAAUGGUCGAAAACAUUAGAAACUCUAACAAGAGUAUUAGCCCGGCAUGUCUAUGGUCUGGACUUAGCUGAUUUGCCAUUAGAUCGUAUUUCGGAUAAAAAAUCAAGAAGAAAACGUGGAAGUACUACACUAAACUCUGCUUAUAAUAUGUGUAAUUUGUCACACACACGAGCAAAUCAACAACGAGGUUCAGUGACAGAUAAUCAAUCAGAUAAUACAAUCAAAAAACGAAAAUUUAUAAAACGGUCAAAUAGUGAUUCAGACAUAACAUACAGCUAUUUAUUUCAAAAAUAUAGUGAAACUGAUACGGUCUUCAAUAUUACAGAAACACCAACAACAGAUGACCUUAAGUAUAGCUGGAAGGAUGAAAAAUCAUCAAAGUGUUUGUUUAAUAUACGAAAAUGUCAUUCUUUAGAAAAUUUAACACAAUUAUUAAUGUUACGAAUGCGAGACACACAUUCAAGGUCCCCCUCUCCAGUACCUUCAACUGGUAUGGAAAGCAGCUUAUUUAAAGAAGCACACAUGCAAAUAGAAAUUAUGUCUUCUCAACAUCCUUCAUCAGAAAAAGUAACCAAUAAAAAGUCAGUUAUGUCUGGUGGUGAUGUAAGGGGAUGGACACCCGAUGUUGCUGCAAUACUAUGGCGUCGAAUGCUCAGUGCUCUUGGAGAUGUAAAUACUUUAGAAAAUCCAUUACUUCACGAACAAGUAUUUCAAUACUUACUGGACCUCAGCACAACUAUGACCAAAAUAUAUCAAAAUCAAGGUAUGGUAGAAGAAGAGACAUUUGUAUCUCUUGAACUAGUACCACCAAUUUCUGUGAUUUCACCUUGGUGUUUUCAGGCCCUGAAUUUACCAAAAGCUUACAGAAAUGGUAAACUUCAUGCAUAUAAAUUAUUGUGUCAGAUGACUUUGAAUAAUAGAGAUAUGCCUCAGGGACCAAAAUAUGUCACACAAUUUUUUAAAGUUCUACAUUAUGGUUUAACUUCUAGUGAUCAAGAAGUCGUCAAUACUAUAUUAAAAAAUACUGGUUCUGAAUUUUUUUCUCACCAACUUCCUGGUUUCACAUUACUUACAUUAGAUUUUGUACAUGCAUGCAAUGAAGUUCUUAGUGGAACAAACGUUGUCUUGGCUCCACGUGCUGAAGCCGUAUCUAUAUUAGGCUCUCUGUUAAGUUUUCCUUCAAACCUUACCAAAGUACCUUAUCUUAAACCAGAUUGUCAUCAAUUUGUUAUAACAUAUUGUCCCGAUAUAAAAGACACAGUUAUAACAAUUAUGUUGAAAGUAGCGAAAAGAGAACCAUCAGGACUAGCAAGAUGUAUUUCUUUGUCGAAUUUAGGUAUUUUUUUAUGCCAAGAAUUGAGUAACGCUAGUAAACAUCCCUGUAUUAAAGAAGCAAUCAUCACAUUAUUACAUGCCUUACAAUUUAAGAAUGAGAAAAUUUCCCAAGUAGCUUGUGAUAAUGUUCUACUACUCUGUGACUAUAUACCAAACUUGUUGAAACAUUAUCCUGACAUUCCAUCAAAAGUCCUCGAGGUGUUAUCUGCAACACUGGCAAGUAUGUUACCAAUUGGUGACAGAAAUAAACGUUUAUUAACAUCUCUAGUAUUUUGUUUGGCGGAAUGGACAAUGUGUAUGCCUGUACCACUUUUGUUAGAGCUACGGUCUAAGCAGAGCUUAUCAAUGACUGUAUUCAUGGUUAUUGAUGCUUUGAGCAGAACAUGUAAUGAUAAAACAAUUGAACGUUUAAAAAAAGCAACAGAAGUAAAUUUAGAAUAUUCAAAUGAAUUCACAUUUGAUAUAACACUAGACAAUUUAAAGUCUAGUGAGUCAAAAAACAAUAAUAAAUUUGGUGAUCAUAUUAUGACACCUACACAUUUAAAUAGUACCCGACACUCGCUUCAAAUUGCUACUAGAAUGAUAAUUAACCAUUUGUUAAAUCAUUUGGGUCAAUUUCCAAUGCUAAUUGGGCCUGCAAGGUUAUGUUCCAUGGUAUCAGAACACGAUGACACUUUAAACUCUAUUUCUGAUCAAUUAACGAUUGACAUAUUUACUGUCCCCAGCAUACAGUUAUUUAUGUCUGUUACCAACAUGUUGGUCAUGUCUAUAAUUGAACUACCCGCAUUGGAAGUACCAGGCGGAGGAAUCACAGCUGGUCUGAGAACUGGUUUAAAUCAAGUGCGAGUUCUACAACGAGAUUUAGUUGGAAAAUCAUGCUGGGAUAUUUCACCACUGUAUUGUACUCCUAACUGUGAACAUGAAAAUGAUGAUAAUUUGUUUGUAACCAGCCCUAUCCAAAAAAAUAAUGAAGCUGAAGAAUCGAUUGUAGUAACAUAUAGUACAAACUGUCAAAUUCAACAUACCAUACGUCACCGAGCUCCCGAUGUUUUGCCAACUUUAGACAAUUCUGCAGACGAUCUUGAUAAUUUAGACGACUUACUCCAGUACAUUGGUUAUACGAGUUCUGAAUGCUUAGAAGACAUGGAAAUUUUGCUAAACAACCCUGCAGUCAAGUCUCCAAUGACUUCACAAUUAGAACAAGAUAUCAUGAGUACAAUUUUAGGACAACAGUUCAUGGACAACAGUUACACAGAAAAAUUGAAUGCUGUACAUUAUAAUCAUAUGGAGAAACGACCUCAAUGUAGUGUACAUAAGUCUCCGUUUCAAAAUGGCCGUGCUCUGUUUUCGGAAUUAGGUUUUACCAGCUGGGACCAACGGCGACAAAUUUACCAGCUUGAACGCAACGAAAAGGUCCUGAGAGAACUUCGCGUCCUUGACGCUCAGUGUUGUAGAGACACUCAUAAGAUCGCAAUCAUUUACGUGGCCGAAGGCCAAGAAGAUAAGGUAUCAAUCAUAUCAAACACUGGUGGUAGUCAGGCGUAUGAAGAUUUCAUUUCAGCACUAGCUUGGGAGGUGGAACUGGAAACUCACAAUGGUUUUAUGGGCGGACUGCAACGAAACAAAAAUGCCGGUACGACAACCCCGUAUUAUUCAACGUCGUUUAUCGAAGUCGUAUUUCACGUGGCCACUAGAAUGCCGACUACAACUACCCAAGAAGCAUACAUACAAAAAGCCAGACACUUGGGAAAUGAUGAAGUGCACAUUGUAUGGUCAGAACAUUCCAAAGAUUACAGACGUGGAAUUAUCCCAACAGAGUUCUGUGACGUUUUAAUUAUAAUAUACCCUCUACCAAACAAUUUGUUCAGGAUUCAAGUCUCUAGAAAACCAGAAGUACCAUAUUUCGGGCCACUUUACAACGAGGUCAUUGUUCAAAAAUCAAUAUUAGCUAAUGUUGUGCGUUGUACGGCAAUAAAUGCAUCGUGUGCCAAACGUAGCAUGAUACCUUUUUACCAACAAUACUACGAAGAGAGAUGGCGGUCGUUAGACAUGAUCAUGAAGAAUUACAAACACUCCAGCACCUUUGAAGAGUUUAUAUCGAACGUAUACUCGCCUGUCCAAACCACAUCGCCAUUCCAACAACAGCCUUACCUUAGGAGCAAUUCAGAAAAAUACAAGUCCGACGAUUACGUAUUGUCCGGUUCGUCUUCGUCCAAUUUGGCCGCGGCACUCAUAGACUCAUCUCACCAGAAUAGGAACUCUAAAGGGUUGUCAAUAGAUUGGUCUAAGAAGAACGGGUCUGAUGUAGAUGUGUUAAUAUCAGCUGGGAUAUCGCCUAGGCCCCACAAGAAAUUAACUUCACAUCAGAAUCUCAUGCGAUAG